CUCUCUGUCUUUUAGAUACACAGACUAACAUGGACGAUGAGUUGACUCAUAAUGGAGCCGCAACAAAGUCUUCGCCGUCAGCUUCUCGGUUGCACACGGCGGAGGAAGGGGAAGCUUCGGGGGAAUGCGGGAUGCUGAAAAUGGAGCUGGAUGCGGCGGAAGCGUUGGCGGGUCUAGCGCACUACUCGGCGGCGGGAGGCAGCGGCAAUACUGUCACCGAAUCAGUGAGUCAGCGAGUCAAGAACGCAGUUGACACAGGGACGACUAACCGGGAAGACUCGGUUGCAAGGUCUUCGGUUCUCGAUGAGGAUCGAGCAUUAGUGUUUCAGCAGCAGUUCGAAAAGAGAUGCAAUGUGAUGAUAAAACCAGUGGAGGUUAAGCAGGAAGAUGAAUUAGCUAAACAGUGUCUUGUAUGCACCAAAAGUUAUGAUUCAUCUGGCUGCAACAAGUCUAGGCAGAAUUUAGCUGAGGCUGAAAAUGAAGCACGGAGGAUUCGUCGGGUAUUGGCAAACAGAGAGUCAGCAAGGCAGACUAUUCGCCGUAGGCAGGUUCUUUACGAGGAGUUCACCAGAAAAGUUGCUGAUCUAGCACUUGAGAAUGAAAAUUUGAAGAGGCAUCUCAAUUCUGGGAAUUCAUUCUCUCUUGUUGACAUUGAGAAGGAAAUGGAGUUGGCUGUGAAAGAAUAUGACACUCUGAAGAGCACAAAUGAAUACUUGAAAGCACAGAUAGCUGAGGUAAUGAAGGCUGAAACAGAUGAGAAUCAAGAAGAAUCAAAGGCGCAAAAUGUUGAUCAUUCUAGGUUUCUAUCCACUAAUAGUCCAUUUAUCAUUUAUAACCAAUCCCCUCACACACCAUUUCUGUGGCGUCCUUUCAUACAUUCUUCAAAUUAUCUCCAAUUUCAGUGCGGGCUUCAGAAUGUCACUGGCACUCCACCACAAGUCCCCAUGCCAGCUUAUGGCGAAGUUGAUUCACUUCAUGAACAAGAAAAUUCCAUGAUGGUGAAUAGCCUGGGAACUCCCCCAUAUAUAUUUCCAUGUCUGGGUUUUUCCCCUGUACCCAGCAACACUAGUGGAUUCCACUAUCAGCCAUUCGAUAUAAACAAUCAACUAAAUGAAACUCGUCUGAAUAACCUGUGUUGGCCUAGUUCAUCUUCAAAAGCUACAGCACAUGUAGAGAACCACAACUCACCAUUACCUAGAUUGGCUGUGAAAGAAUAUGACACUCUGAAGAGCACAAAUGAAUACUUGAAAGCACAGAUAGCUGAGGUAAUGAAGGCUGAAACAGAUGAGAAUCAAGAAGAAUCAAAGGCGCAAAAUGUUGAUCAUUCUAGCAACACUAGUGGAUUCCACUAUCAGCCAUUCGAUAUAAACAAUCAACUAAAUGAAACUCGUCUGAAUAACCUGUGUUGGCCUAGUUCAUCUUCAAAAGCUACAGCACAUGUAGAGAACCACAACUCACCAUUACCUAGAGUAGUUAAAACAGAAGCUUCUAAACCUACAGAGUCCAUACCUUCGAACAAUCUUCGUGAGAGCACAUUUUGUUUCCCACCGGAUGGCGGUGGUCAGCAAAUUGGGCCUUGCAGUAAAAAGAUGGUUCUUGUGCCCGGACCAUUGACUUGUGUCAGGCCUGUGGUCCAUGUCGAAGCUGAGACUAGUGCACAACCUGAUUACAUAUCUACCGUUACAGCUGUUUCUGCAACGGUUAGUCAGAUGGUAAAUGCAUUGCCAGAAAACAAUCAGGAGCCAACAGUCUGCUCAAGUGAGAAGCUAGUAGAUGCAGCUGCAGCUGCGGAGGCCAGGAAGAGGAGGAAAAAGAUCACAAAGCUAAAGAACCUCCAUUGCCGACAAUUUCGGAGGCAUUUUUGA